UCGGGAAGGAAGUCUAGUAUCAACUCCAGCGGGACACGUCGACGUAGUGAUUUUCAAUGUGCAGAAUGAGGAAUUAGCCGUGUUCAUGUACAAAUACACGACUAAGAUAGUAUUUUAAUUACUUUUCAGUUUGUAGAUUUAACUCAGUUAGUUUGAUUUCUGGUCGUAGUUUUUUGGAAUGCGCUGUUCAAUUACUCCCAUCUUGUUCGGCAUAUUUCUACAAUGGCUCAUUUUUCUGCCCUUGUCCCAAGCGAUGUCGAACGGGUUUACCACCAUAGUGGAGGCAGGAAAAGUGAACUGCUUUUACGAGAAUAUAGAAGUCAAUAGAACCUUGGAAAUGGAAUAUCAGGUGGUUGAAGGAGGGGGAGAAUUGGACAUUACCUUUCAAAUGAUUUCUCCUAGUGGAGCACUGCUAGUGGAUGACCAAAAGAAAACAGAUGACUUACAUACUGUCCAAGCAGAUGAGAAAGGAGUAUAUGCUUUCUGUUUUGAUAAUUCAUUCAGUACAUUGGCAGAGAAAACUGUCUUUGCAGACCUAGGACUUGAACAUUACGAUGUAGACAACUGGCUAUCAGAGUUGGAUGAAGAUAGCAGUAUAGAAGGGCAGCAGUUACAAGUUGAUAGCUUACGGACUACACUUGAGAAUAUUAAAAUGCUGUUGGAGAAAGCUCAGGGUUACCAGACGUACCUGACAAAGAAGAACUUAAAGAGUCAUUUUCUUGUAACUAGGAGUGGAAGUAGGGUGUUUUGGUGGUCUCUUAUACAAAGCAUUACCCUUGUUGGAGUGGCUAUAUGUCAAGUGUUAAUAGUGAAGAAUUUCUUUGGUACUAACAAUACUGGUCAAAGGAUUUGAACAGUUUUUUUCUAGUGAUAACCUCUCUGCACUAGCAGUUUCUUUGGAAGUGAAACCUUGAUUGUUAUGUCUAUUUACUGUUUCCUCAUUUGGUUUUACAAACUUUUGCUAUUAAGUUAGCUGAUGACAGAAAAAUGCAGCUUUCUAAAAUCAAUUUUGUAAUAAUAUUGAGAGAGUUUUAUAUAGAUGUCAGCAAAAAAUAUAUUUUCACAACCAAGUAAUGCAAGAGUUUCACCACCCAACUUGGUGGUGGUGAUGCCUUCACUGUCACUUUUAAAAUUGAAAUUCCUGUGUCUUGGAACUUACCAAAAGGCUCAUGGCUUCUAUAGACAGGACUGUGAAAAUUCCUGUGAUCAGGUGUGGUUUGUUUUCUCUUGAACAGACUGUGAGGGAAGCUAAGAGUGUCUAGGUUAGUCCUACAGAUAAUGAUAAUGUAAUCUGACAGUCACCUAGUCAGUUACUUUGUAAAUGUUGCAUACUGAGGGAAAUGUUUUCCUGUUAAGGAGAUUAUGUAGCAAAAUUGUCAUGAACACAGAUUAACUUGGUAUUGUUCUUUCCGUUACCUGUAUUUAAAAUAUUUCUUUUAAAAUAAAAUUGACUUUAACCUCAGAGAUUGUCAUGAAGUAAAACAGCCCUUUAUGAAUAAAAAGUGUUGUGUUGAUA